CCGAGAAAAUUCCGAAUAACUGCUGAAGAUCAAUAAUUAAAUUACCAAAUUAACUGUGAAAGAUUAUAUUUGCCAUCAAAGUGGAAACAAAAGGGAGAGAGAGAGAUUGAAGGAGGGAGGAAAGGUCAAAAAUAGCUCGAGCUGGGGGCAGGGAAAAUAGAUCAACAAUUUAUGCCUGCAGAGUAGAAAUGGCUAAGCCGGAAGAAAUGCAUCUGGAGCAGCUGCUCGCGCAAUUGGAGAAGGUACCACGCCCCCAUUUGCAUCAGAAAUUUAUUGCCUACUUUAAGAAGGGCGACAAGGGGAGUCAACAGAGCAAGUGCAGCCUUGAAGAUUUUGCCGUGUACUUUCUGGCUGCAUUGCGUCAGAACACAAAGCAAUAUUUCUACACACGGAAAUCGGAGACACCAGUACAUUCCCUGACCCCAAUUCGCCAGCCGAAGCCACCAUCCGCCGAUGUGGCCAGGGACUUGGAAGAGCAGCACCAGCUCAAUGAAUCUCUCCUGAACCGAAGCAGCUGCAGUACGACAUCCACUUCAACCACCACUCCAGCUCGUCAACAGCCGCACGGCCGAAGAUCUACACCAGGUAGUGGUGGUCAGUUUUGCAGUACGCCUAACAGGAGCGGCGGCGGAGGAGUCGGUGUCGCAGGAGGUCAUAGCUUUUGCCUAGGCGACUUCCUAGUAAACACACCAAAUCAGAAUCAGCAGCGAUCGAAGAAAAAGACAACGCCCCAGCAACAACAACAGAAUCAACAGACGGGUACGGCAGGUGGAGCUGGGUCCGCACCACAAUCCAAACCUCGGCGACGUGUCCUUCCUAUGACUAUCAGUAAAAAUGUUUCAGCUAAUUCAUCCUUUGGUGAUACAAGUUCCUUUAGCAACGACAACAACUUAUGGCGUAUCUCGCAGAGCAGCGAAAUCUUUGAUAGAAGUCAAGGUGCAGUCCUGGAAAUGGAGGCCCGAAAAUCGCUGUUACUGAAUAAGCAGGAAAUCAAAAGCGAAGCGGCUGUGAAUAUCAGUCAGCAAGAGAGGCCGCCUGAGGAUGAAUUACACGACGGAGAUACCUUUAGCCUGGAAGAUGUUAGAGAUACUAAUCAGUUACAGCUCCUAUCUGCAAUUUAUAGCCUUUUAAUGGACUUGAACCUAGUGCCUAAUGUGCUAAGUGAACUGAGCUUUGUGCUGCAAUUACUCAAUAUACGAGAUUUUGGGCAAUCCCCCGUUGAGUCAAAUCCACCCGUUGCUUUAGGAGGACUAAGCAACUACAAGAAUUGCGUGUACUUUGCCUUAAAGCUGUUCGAGAACCAGCAAAAGUUACUUCUGCAACUUGACAAAAGGACUUUGGUGGUGUUGCUUCAAAACGAGAGAUUGAGCCUGCUACCUGAGGAGAUUUUCCAACAACUGGAGUCGUCCUGUCAGCAGCGACAAGAUUUAAUUACACCAUUCGCCAUGGAAACUUCAUCACAAGCACAGCAAAAUGUAUACUAUCACGUUGAGAAGGACUCGCGGGACAAUUUCCCGUCACAGAAUGAAUUUGGAGCCUUUAAAACCCAAAGGGACCUCUUUUACAAAGCCCUUAAGCAGUGGGAGGUUAGCCACCUGAAUCGCGUAUUCAACUUUGCAAGUGAACUGUCGCCCCGAAUUAGGGACAUCUUUAAGGUAUCGGAGCAUCCAGUGAACAUGACGCACUUUGCAAAAUUGUUUGUGAGCCAGCUAUUAAUAUCUGCUACCGAGACCACCGAAUCUCCUGAAGAACUCGGCUUAAAGCUGGAUCCCCUCAGACACAAUAAGCUAGCCCAGCGCCUGGUGACCUCCAACUCCAGUGUAGAGGGUCAGUUUCCACGUUCGCAGGCUUUCUUUCGCGACUUUAUAGCCACAUGCCCAUCGGUGGCAUUUUUAGUGCAUCUGAAGCUAGCUCUUUUUGUCCAACUAAUGCGUCACAACGACUCCACCUUUGAUCUGCUACAGCUUGUCGAAGAUGUGGGUGCCGAGGAACAAUCUGCGCAGCAAGGACCUUACAUCGUACGCGCCCAGAGUAUGGCAAACAUGCUUAUCCUGGCCAAGUUUUUGGGCUUUAUGACUGUUUUGCCAUUCAGUGGCACCACACAACAUGGCAAUCCCUCACCACAAUUUCUUUGUCCACAGCAGUUGCAACUUCGCAGCCACUUUCAUCCCGACUUUAGUCUCCGUGAGAUACUUGAACGCUCUAUGCGGCAGGGCAAGCUACUGAUUACGCUUCCAUGGUUAGUCCAAUACUUAGUGAUGCUCGAUCUGGUCACCAUGCACCUUCCAGACUCGACAGCCACCUUGGAGCUGAUCUACGGACUGUAUGCUUCUAUAAAUGAGGAAAAGCUGCAACCCGGAGCUGUGUUCAUAGCCAGGAGUUGCAUUGGAUGGCUUUUGGAUGCGCAGCCUCAGUUGGUUAAUGGAUACUACAGUCACCGGUCACUUCAGGCCGGAGUUAACAAUACUUCCUCGAUUGUGAGUCUCUGUCUGAGUGGUCUCCGCUGCCAAGAGAAAUGCCAGGCUCCCUUAUUGGAGGAAUUUUUGUCCGUGGCCUGCCCUUUUCUUCAAGAAUUCCGGGUGAGCAUUACGCCUUCUCGACAGGCCAGGAGUGGCCGCUUCCGCUACAUCACCACGCGAUUGGAGCAAUUGAAGGAGAGUAGCAGUGCCACCUCAAAGGAGGGAAUGGCUCCCAGUGAGCUGACUGCUACAGAGCAGCAGCAACGUAAGUUAGCUGAUGCCUUCAUUCAAUCCCAAAAUGCCUCUACUAGGAGAUUGAUCGAGUUCGUUACGGAGCGAAGUUUUAAGUGUGUAGUCAAGGAUGCCCAGCAGCAGAUUCUGCUCCCUUCGAAAACGUCGGCGGAUGCCAAAGUCAACGAAAUCAGCUCAUCGAAGCAAGAGGAGGUAUAUCAGAAGUUGAGACAGAUUUAUCAAGACGCCAGGUUGAUCGCCUGCCAGCGUUGGAAGGAGCAGGUGCCGCAGAUGCUGGACAGGCGUAUAAGUCAAUCCCUCGAGGCCCUUUUGCCUGCCAGCACCAAUGAGAUACUGCGAUCUUCAUAUGCUCAUUUAAUCAGCGUCCAAGCUCACACCCAGCUGCAACAGUGGCUUCAAUCAAGCGUGCUGUUAUCCACAUUUUAUCAUGGUGACCUUCAGGAGCUAGCUACUAAGGUGUCCAACUCUAACAAGCACAAGGCGGAUGCAGCGGUUAUUGGUGGCGGUGGUUCUAGUGAACUCCAACUAAGUCCGGAUAUAGGUUUCAGCUUGUCGGAGCUGCUUUUCCAGCUGCAACAGUGGCUGCAUUGUCUCAGUUUGAGACCGGAAAAUUUGGGUGGUCGGGAGGAUCUAGCCGAGCUACUUCGACAAUCACAACUGGCAGUUCUGCUUCCCCAAAUGCCCACUGUUUUCUAUCACAUAAUUGGUUCUGGAUUAGUACACCUGCUCCAGUUGCUCAUCAACAGAAAACCGAAUUUCUUCGACGAUGAUUUAAUCUCAACCAGCUGUUUGGUGUGGCGGUCGCCACAGUUCGUUUCCAGUGAAGCGUCUCCUGGGAUCUUCGAUGGCCUGCUCAGCAUAAGUUUUGUAGAGGAGAUGGGUACAAACUUGGAUAGGUUUCGGAUGUUGGAGAAGCUCCUGAAUGCCAUGCUACAGACAGGGGCAGUACGGGCUGAUCAGUUAAACGAACUCUUCAUGCCGCUGUUUGCCGAGAACUGGCCGCCGACGGUAUGGAGCACCCUUUCUGACCUUCUCCAGAAUCUCUCUCUUUCUGGGAAAGAUAUUGGAGGCCUCGACGCCUCCGGCGAUAGCCACGAAGACGAGGCCAGGUCUCAUCUGUUUAUGGAGAUGCUGGCCGAUUUUUCGCGAGAUCUAGAUAGUUUUUAAGUUUAAAAGUGUUUGUUAUGUCACUUACCAUUUAUGUUUCAAAUAAAGUGUUCCUUUUUGUAUUUUUCUGCUGAAAAUAACUCGGAAAUGAGGUUCACUGUUUAUUGAGUAUGUAGCCGAUAAGAUAGCGAUAACUGAUUGAGCCUAAUCAGCGGUAGAAUGCGUCACUUUCGCAGUUUUAGUUUGGUUAGUGUGUGCAAACGUUGAGGCCACAAAAAGCGGACGAGGUUGUCAAUCGAUGUGAUCAUCGACAUGUGUGGCAGUCGGCAAUGAAGUGAAUUUGAAAAUUCUACGAUCGUUACUAAGGGAGUCCCGAAUUUUUAAUGUAAUCAAAAAACUGUCAGCAAAACUAUUCGUUUGUGUUUAUUUAUGAUUAACUAAAAAUAUUGUUUGGCCAGACUAAACAAAUAAUGUUUAAAAUAUUUUACCAUUUUACAUGCCUUACAUGUAAUUUGUCUAAUUGUAUAACUUUUAAGUGAAAGUAAUGGUCAAAUGGACAUUUGGCUUUUUAAUUAAUUUUAAAGCUGAUAAAUUCUGAUAAAUGAACGCUAAAAUUCAUUGAACGAAUAAAAAAUAUGAUAAAAUAUUAUGAAAUAAGAAUGAUAUCAGAAAACAUUCAGAAAUAAACAUUGUAGUACGCGAGCCA